CUUCCUUCAAGAGAACACGAAAAAAUGAAAAUUCGUCAUAAAUUUUUUAUUUUAUGAAAAGUUUCAGCGAAAUAAUUUCCUCAUUCAUCAAAAAAACAGUUGUAUAAAAUAGCAAUAUGUAUUUACCUACUUGUUCAUGAGUUACUGAAAAAGUACUAUUGUAUUUUGUAUAUAUGUAAAGUUUAAUUGUAGUACCAACUCACUUCUAGAUGGCGCAUCCAAUACCAGCAAGUGUGAAUGUAAAGGCAACGAUACAAAAAUAAGUCGGUGUCAGUUCUAGAAAUAUUAGCCAUCUAAGUUCGAUCGAAAAUUCACAAUAUAAUUUUUCCCGCAAUCCGAGAAAGACAUCUGUCCUCUUUGAAUUUUCGCGCUCGCGCGUCGCCUAUUCCGCGACGACUCCACUGCUGCAGCCGCUCACCCACACGCGUGCAACAAUAAUAAUAAUUCUGCUGCUGCUUGCAUGACAGUCGACAGCCUUUGCCGCGUUCGCGCAUGUAUACACAGCAGCAGUAGCAGUCAAUAACAUCUCUACUACAACACGCACGGAGGAGCCUCUCGCUCGCACACAUGCUAAUCGCAAAAUUGGAUGCUCCGCUUUGCUGCUGCUGACUGCUGCUCUGUGCUCGUCGAUUUUAUCUCGCGUCGUCGUAGUCGUAUGUACCACUGCGGCACACAAAUGUCUGCGUGACAUUGAUAAGAUCCUAGUCACUCGGAAAUUGAUAGUGCUCGCGCGAAUCAUUGUCUCUUUCGUGUCGCUCUAUAUAUAUAUCUCGAGUAUAUACACGCAGGCCGCCAAAAGCUUGAUAUAUAAUACGAGAUCAUGUUGUACCAGUAUUUCUGACAGACCCGACGACGAUAUCUCGCGUAUACACGGCUGCAGCACCGCUGCCGCUGUCUUCUGCAAGUCUUCCGUCGUGAGCCCGUCUUUGAGUCAUCGAUAUCGUAGGACUGCGCGCUGAUAAAGUAGUGUCGGAGGCAAAAUGUGUGGAGGCUUUACGUGCUCUAAAAAUGCCCUCACGGCCCUAAACGUAUUGUACAUUGUUGUUGCUAUCAUAUUGAUCAGCGUUGCAGUUUAUGGAGAAGCGUCGUCUCUGGUUGCCAAUUUGCCCAUCAUCGAGGGCAUUCUGGCAUGCGGAGUGAUACUCAUUCUGAUCUCCAUCCUUGGCUUGAUCGGAGCUGUCAAGCAUCAUCAAGUCCUGCUAUUUUUCUACAUGCUCAUUUUGUUCCUGUUGUUCCUGGUUCAAUUCAGCAUUGCCUGCGCUUGUCUGGCUGUGAAUGCCAAGCAACAAGAACAACUCGCUGAACACGGUUGGAAUCAAGUUGAUGAAAACUUGAGAGAACAAGUUCAGAAUACUUUCCAUUGCUGUGGCUUCAAUAAAACAACCACUACAGAUCAUUUCUCAGAGCUUGUAUCAACAACUCUUAAACCUAAUGAAUUAACGUGUGAAGAAAGACAAACUGCAAUAUGUUGCGCUGGAAGUCUUGAUCAAAAUUGCAAAUGCCCAGCUUGUAUGGAAAAGUUACAAUCAACCAUUGAUUACGCAUUUAAACUUUGUGGAGGCAUAGGAUUAUUCUUCAGUUUUACUGAGGUGAUUGCAGCAUUUUUGGCUAGAAGAUACAGAAAUCAGUUAGAUCCUGAAGAAGCAGCUGCUCGAGCUAUGUUCCCAAGAUCAAAUAACUAUAUUUACGAAUAAACUCUCAGUUAGCUCUUUGGCUUUUUUGAGUUUCGUUUUUAAUGAAUGACUUUACUAAUGCUUGAUUAUACUAACUAGUCUGAUUUUAAUUCCAACAAAUUUUUUAUGAAAUACAAACUUUUUUUUACAAUUGAUUAAAAAGAAUGUGUGCAAAUGUAAGAAUUUAUUUUUAGCCAAAGAACAACUUCCUAGGUAUCAUGAUCUUUACGAUUAUUAUAUUUUAGAUCAUGAUAUGUAGUUCACUUUUAAAUUCUCAAAUGUGAUAAAUGGUUUUUGAACAAAAAUUUCUCCAAAUUUACAACUUAAUCCAGUAUCUGUGGUUUAACGUAAACAGUUUAUAGUUUUCAAUAGUACAUGUCAUAAGUACAGAAGAAAGUAUCGAAAUUCUAAAAUUGCAGUAUGUUUUCUAGUUUAUAGUGACUCCAUAGUAGUUUUAGUAACGAGAUUAUUUUAUAAAUAAUUUGUAAAACAUUCCACUGCAGCCAUUUUUAUUACAUGUUUAAAUAUUCUGUCAUAUAAGCGUUUUUAAUCUAUGUCCUCGAGUCGAGCUCCAGUAAAAACUGUUCACUUCCAAAUGUAACAAAAAUUAACGAAAAUAAUUCUUGUUCCAAAUAAUAUCAAUAAUUACUGUAUAUGUGUAUGUUUCUGCGGUGCUAAUGUAACAAACAAAAAAAUAACUCUUUGCGAAGCUUGGAAAAUGCAUCGCGCAUGGGUAGCUUUGAUAUAUCCAUUAUAGAACUAUGAUACGAUUUACAAGAUAAGGAAACUUUAUCGACUGAAAAACAAUUUACCAAACAAAUACGAACGAAGCGAAGAGAGAGAUAAAUUUAGAUUGUGCAUCGCGCGCGCGCGUGAUGACAAACUAAAUAUAUAACUAACUUAUUUUUUAUUUAAACAAAAAGAAACUAACUAACUAACGAUCGAGCAUUUUGUUGCGCGCGAGAGCUGAAACAUUAUAUAUAUUGACUAUUGUCUCUGCCUAUACGUAUUAUAAUUGUAUCCAACUGCUUCGAGAAACGAAACGCUUGCUAUGAUAUACAUUUCUUUGCGAUGUGAAAACUUAAAAAAAUUCAAAUGAAUGUAAUACGAUGUGUACAAAUAUAUUAAAGGGAAAAACACGAGCUAUGUGUUAAACGAAUUGAACUUAUAUCGUCGAUCAUUAUAACUUCUUGCAUACUUUUCGAUGUAAUCCUAAUAAUAUCGUUCAAUUUGUUUAAAGCAAUAAAAAAAAAGGAGCCAAGUAUUUAAAAUUUCAAAGAGCUGACGAUUACGUUGAUGAUGAUACAUUUAAUCGUAUGUGUAACGUCUCUAUCUUCUAAAAUACUCUAAGCUGGAAUAAAUCAUGUGAAAAAUUAAAAAUACACACACACGGCA